UGACAGAGACACAAGCGCAUGCUUCUGCCCACUGCCACACAGACUUGCGCUAGCUGGCAUCUCAGAGGGCAGCCCUCUCUCCAGUCCUGUCCUGUCCUGUCCUGGGUGUUGAAGCUCUUCACCCCUCUGCAGAAGCCAACCUGACCUCUCAGGUCCUCGUUCGUACCUGUGGACUGAGCCGAACCUUCAAGGCCUCUGUCUCUGCCUCCACCUCAACCAGCCAACCUGCUCCCAACAUCCACCUCUGACCUACACAACCACAGGACCACAGGACUGCUGAAGAACACGUUGGUUUUCCAAGGACUGCUCGGAAGAGGAGAGGGGAUCCAUCACACAACAUCUGAGGACAUUUGGCCUCGUCUGCCCCCAGUUGGCCUCAACAUCAACCAGAGAGAAAGAGAGGGGCAAGAAGAGGAAGAGGAGGAAGAAGAAGAGGAAGACAUCUGUUUUUCAAGAUUUCGGAGGUGAAUAGACUUUCCACAGCUUGGGACUAUUUUAGUGAGACUAAGAGAAAGGACUUUAACAUCCCAGUAACAACCAACGUGGUACAAAUACUGACGAAAAUCCAGCCAAAUACCGGUAGGCAUCGCCAACCGUCACCACAACCGUUACUACUACCACAACAACAACAACAACAACAACAACAACAACAGCCUUACACCUUUACCAUGGCGACCACCGGCAUGCAGCUCCUGGGCCUGGUCCUGUCCCUGGUUGGCUGGCUGGGCGGCUUCCUGGUAUGCUCUGUUCCGCUGUGGCGCGUCACCGCCUUCAUCGGCAACAACAUCGUGACGGCUCAGAUCAUCUGGGAGGGGCUGUGGAUGACCUGCAUCGUCCAAUCAACGGGCCAGAUCCAGUGCAAGGUGUACGACAGUCUCUUAGCCCUGCCCAGCGACAUGCAGGCGGCCCGGGGCCUCACCGUGCUCUCCGUCCUCCUCUGUGGCCUGGCCCUGGCUUUAGGCGUGGUGGGGGUAAAGUGCACCAAGUGUAUCGGUCAGAAUAGUCUGAAGGCUCGUAUUGCGAGGAUCUCCGGCUUCCUGUUCGGCAUCGCUGGGUUUCUCUACCUGGUUCCUGUCUGCUGGACGGCCCACUCCAUUAUCAGGGACUUCUAUGAUCCCCACGUGGCCGCGCCUCACAAGAGGGAGCUAGGCCCCGCCCUCUACCUGGGCUGGGGGGCGUCGGCCUUGCUGCUGAUUGGUGGGUCGCUGCUGUAUGCGGGGUCGAGUCCUCCCGGCAUCCCCGGGUCUCCGACCUUCAGCAGCGACAGCAGCCCCCGUAGAGCACCUGCCGCUCAGGUCAAAGGUUACGUCUGAUCGGAAUGCCACAAAACAAAACAACAACACCCCAUGAUUCCAUGAUUCCGAGAAUCUAUGAUUCCAUGAUUCUAUGAUUCUAUGAUUCCAUGAUUCCGACCCUGACAACUGAAAAACCCUCCUCUCUUAGUAUUUAUCCUUUUUAAUACUUUGGAAUGUUAAUUUUAUUAUUAUUCGGUGGUGCUUUUUCUCAUCCUUUCAAAAGAUGCACUAGGAGGUUAUGAAGGGAAUUGGGAAAUCAUUUUGUUAUUUCAUGUGUCCCUGUUGUCCUCCGAUAACCCUAUUAUCUGUCUGUCUGUUAGUGUAAAACACAAUAAAAUCUUAAGUCUUUCAGUU